GAAGAAUGGCCUCCUGGUAUAGUGUUGGCUGUAGGCCAACAUCGAUGCUCUCGCAGCUUCUCCUGUCUUUGUCCUGUUCAACCAAAGCAUGAUGUCUAGUCAUACGAACGACGACUACAGUAUCUGAUCUGAUCUAACCUACAUAUCGCAAGCAUAUCACAGCUUCUUCGACGUGAUAGUUCACUCUUAUGCGAGCAGCUUCGGUAGCUGUUAUAUAUCACGAUGGUGGCGAAGUGUAAAGAGGUUUUCGCGCUCGGCGUAGCAGCGGCGGCGAUGCUGGCUGGUGCCGCCCCUGUCGACUACUUCCCAAUCAACUCACAACUACCACCCGUAGCUCGCAUCUCAGAAUCAUUUGAUUUCACUUUUUCUCCUCUAACGUUCUUCUCUAAAUCCGAUAUCACGUACCGGCUCGGUAACGCGCCGAAAUGGCUCUCGAUCGAUAGCUCCUCGCGGCGGCUUUUCGGGACACCUAGCGACGAUGAUAUUCCGUCGGGAGAGGUUGUUGGGAUCCCGAUCGAGUUGAUUGCCGAGGAUGAGACGGGAUCUACGACGACAAGGUCGACUUUGGUGGUGUCUAGGAACCGACCGCCUGUCAUCAACGUGCCCAUUUCGAAACAACUUCCCAAAUUUGGGACAUAUAUAGCUCCCUCUACACUACACUUUCACCCCUCAAAGCCCUUCUCCUUUAGCUUCGACGAGCACACAUUUAGCACUGAUAGCGGAAAUGGUGGGCUCAACUACUAUGCGGUAUCCGGCGACAACGCACCUCUACCCUCAUGGAUUACUUUCGAUGCCGGAAAACUCUCCUUCUCCGGCAAGACACCCCCGUUUGAAUCUCUCAUCCAACCUCCGCAGAUAUUUACCUUCCAACUAGUCGCUUCCGAUGUCGUGGGGUUUGCGUCAGUCUCGGUGUCCUUCUCAAUAGCGGUGGGGAGCCACGAACUAACAGCCGAACCGCCGGCGGUUAAGCUCAAUGCGACGCACAAAAAGCACUUCGAAUACAAAGACCUGCUAAAUGUGCUGAAGCUCGAUAAGAAGCCUCUGAGGCGGGAUGAUAUAGUAACGGUCACUGCGUUCGACUUGCCCCCUUGGUUGUCUUUCGACAACAAAACCUGGGAGUUGGAUGGCGUCCCUGAUUUAAUUGCUGAAUCGUCCAAUAUAACUAUAGCUGUCACUGACAAAUACUCUGACACUUUGAACCUGACUAUCUCGAUUCAUUUUGGCUUGUUCAUCUCAGACCUCCCUGACCUUAACAUCAAGGCAGGCGAUGAUUUUUCAUUCGACUUGAAGAAGUACUUAUCCAAUCCGGAAGAUAUUCAGGUCACAGUACAGGAUGAGCCAGGGGCGUCAUGGGCUGAGUUCAACUCUUCCUCGAUGCUCCUCUCGGGGUCUGUCCCCAAGCACAUUUCAGUAAAAUCUCGGACAACGCCACAGGUCGCCUUCAGCGCAACUUCAAAAUACACGAACGAGACAGAGACAAAGACUAUGAAUAUACAUCUCGCCUAUUCGUCUCCUACUGCUUCACCGGAACCAAGUGCCGAGCCGACAGAUUCAGACAAGGAUGAUUCGAACAAGAAUUUGCUCUGGUUGCUUAUAAUACCUAUAUUCCUCAUAUUUGCCGGCAUCAUACUUCUCCUUUUCUAUAUCCGACGACGGCGUCAACAGCCGAGAAGAAUAGGGAUCAGGGAGGUGUCCGCACCCAUACCGGGAAGUUUCAUGACCCAUCACCCCGACAACCGCAAAGGUCCGGUCGUUAGAAUAGUAGAUAUAGCACCACCGUGUGAUUCCGAGAGCACAGCUGCGCAGAGGCACCGCGUGUCCGCCGGUGCCUCAAAUCGGCGUUCGCAGACUGCAUCGAGUCCUAGUUUGACUGGAAACAUGAUCCCCCAUGCUAUGAUGGCGAUGUAUUCCAGGGCAAAGUCACCCGAGCACAGCGUCAUUCUGGAAGCGAGUAGUUCUUGGUCUGCGGGACGCGAUAACCAACCAGCUCCGCAGGGAGGAGGAGGAGGGACGGAUGAAGUUAGCCUGCUUUCGGACACUAGCCUUGGAGAAGCUGAUGCGUAUAUUGCGGAAGCACAGUCGUAUAUUAUUUCAAGGGGACCUCGGGAUGAUGUAUAUCGUAGCCUUCCGGCCCCUAGGAAUGCGGCGCCAUCUAGUAUACAGAACACGCCAGAGAUCGCCUACAUGACGGGUGCUAGGCAAAACACCAGUCCAAACGAUGCGGUUCCGCCAGCAGUGGGCUACGUCGUACGGCCAAGGUCAGGACAACAACAACAGGAUUCGAGCUUAGAUCUCCGUAGCGUCGGGAAGAGGAUAUCUAACCUGUGGAAAAGAGAGAGUGGGAGCCAACUUGCUAAUAACCAGAAACGGAAUAGUAUCCUGAGUGACUCUACAGGCCAAACUACUCGCACGAGUAUUUUGACAUCUGGGGUCUCCGGAGUAGCGGAAGAAGAAGCUACGACGAGUACGAAUGUGGUCGCAAGACCAACUAUAAUACACAUACCUAGUAGACCGGGCGAGGUACGACAAAUAAGUAGAAGAGCGGAGGCACCAUCGUCGUUAUUCGACGGCCGGUCGACCACAAAAUCGAUAGGAAAUUUGGGGUUAGGGAGCCAAUCACCGGCGACAGUUAUACAUCCAAGGCCAGAACUGCUACCAACUAUAAACAACGGCACAAAUCCCCACGAUGGCGAUAGUUCGUGGGACCAGCUCGCAAGAAAUUCCUUGGGUAUCGCAUACAAGGACCUCAUAACCGAGCCAGAAAGUGCUGCCUCACGCCAGGAAUCACCGACCGAUAUAGAUCAAGAAGGCAAUUGGAUGACUUAUAAUAUAAAUCGGAAUCUUUUGUCCCCCGGACAAUGGCCACGGCAAAACGUAACUAUCAAUAUGGUCGGCAUAGCAAGAACCUCACCCAUUAAUUUUCCGAGCGAAUUACCUCGACUACCGCCCACGAUGGCAUUGGGGAAAUCUAGGGGAGAAGAAAAACGCAAAGUUUCGUUAAGGCGGCGGCCAUCACAAGCGUCUGAGACGACUGUUCGUAAUACGCCAUCUACGAGCACAAGAUCUGACCUAACCUACUCAUCCCGAGACGAGUAUUCACACUUCAGCCACACCCGCAGACAAGGAACACCUAUAGCCUUAACGUCGCGGACCCCAUCGCUAUCAAGCAGGUGUGCACCGCCACCGACGCGGCCUUUACCACAGCCUCCCAUACGAGCCGGUAGAAUACCACUGGCAGACCGACCCAAUCAAGCGUAUUAUGUAUCAGCGGGUGGAGCCGGACCGGGCUCCGACAUUGAAAAUAUGGCUUCUAAAACCUGCAAGCCGACAAGGAGCAUGAAAAGUGCCAAGAGUCUGCGUAGUGUCUGGGCAGACGAGGACGAUGACGAUGACGAUGACGAUGCUUGGGAGGACAUACGUCCACCAACGACUAUUGACGGAUGGGACGAUGGCGUUGAUAGUGACGGGAGCUUUGCGGUUUACAUUUGAUCUGUGUGUGAUAUGUAGAAGAGGAGGGUCGGUUGAUACCUAGGAUAUUGAUGAUAUUAAUGCACCAUUUAAUAUUUAACGAGUACUUGUUGAAUAUUGUAAUUGUGAGAUUAUCGUAUUAGUAGAUCCUAACGUAGGUACCUAACCUAGACAAUCAUGGUUCUACUACGUA